CCCUCCUGCUCCAUCGACUCCAAGUCAGCGACCUGCUCUUCCUCUGCAACUCUCAUCCAUCUCUAAGCUCCACUACUCAACAUCAGCAUGUUCGCCGCAUCCCUCAUCGUCCUCGCCCUAGCGGGCUCCACCCUUGCGGCGCCCGCCGCAACGCCUGCCAAAGGAUUUGCGCCACCAUCAGCGUGCAAGUCCAUCGGCAAGGCGGUGCUCGGCUACGACCCCACAGACAUUCCCAUCUACUCUAGUGCCGCGCCCAAACGCUACCUUGGAGAGUACGGCAACAUCGACGGAAGCGGUGCUAAGCUCCUACAGCCCGGCAACACGGUACCUCAAGAAUUCGAAGUGUAUAGCUGCAAGGACACUCCAUCGCCAAGCCCUGGCAAGGGAGCCAUCUCUGCGCAAGAUGGUUUCAUCGUGUCCUCCACGACGCCGGGCAAUUGUCUCACUGCUUCGGACCAGAAGAAGUUCGGCGCGCACUUCGUUUCCAAACCCUGCGACUUUACUUCAGGCUACAUUGCCAACUCGCAGCACUUUCAAUUCCUUGCGGAUACCUUCUUCAGCUACAAGCUCGUCGACUUCUUGGGCGACACCAAAGGCCCCACGCAGAACGCCACCAAGUCAUUCUCCACUGGUCAAGCUGGAUAUCACUACAGGAUCGACACGGAUGACACGCCUUACGGCAGCGAGACUGUUGCGCUCGACUACCAGCCUGGCUCCUACAUCUCGACCGCCGACACCAUCAUUGCAAGCUUCAAUUACAAGGCACCUGCAGCUACUUUCCCCGAAUGCCGCCUGCGCAAGAAUGGCGCUCUUGCGUGAGUCCUUUGGCCCUCUGACACCUUCGUUAAUGAUCCGGCUGACACGAUCCCAUCCGCCCACAGCCUUGACGGUAAGCCUCUUACGGUGAAUCCUACACCGGUGCAGAACGGCACGCAGUCGUACACCGCGUUCCAGUUCUACGAAUGCGACUCGGACUACAUGGGAUACGUCUCCAACCCCAACACUGGCGUAUACUACGG